AUGUCCGCCUGCAUGUUCACCUCUAAUUAUGAUAACGUGGCAGUGAAAAUCAACUAUCGAUCAAAUUUGAAUCGGAUAAACUUUCAAGGGUUUUAUACGGCUAUUCUUGAGAAGGAUGAUGAAAUAAUCUGCGCAGCAUCUCUGAGAAUACAUGGGAACAAGAUUGCAGAGAUGCCCUUUGUUGCAACCCAUGAAAACUAUAGGCAUAAAGGAAUGUGGAGAAAGCUUCUGGCUGCGAUUGAAUCUGCUCUUUGCUUUCUUAAAGUUGAGUGUUUGGUCAUUCCAUCUAUUGAGGAUCUUGUUACAAUGUGGACUGAGAAAUAUGGUUUUUCGAGAGUCGAGGAUUCCCUGAUGAAAGAUUUGAUCUUCUUCAACACAGUGAUGUUCACUAAGGCAGUCAAAUUACAGAAAACCUUGCUGAAAUCAGAAUGUAUUGAUGCUAUGGAAGUUGAUGAAAAUAAUGACAAUCCGAAUGGAGCAGAUCCAAGACAGAAGUGGAAAAAUCAUAUGGUGCAGAGUGAAAUGGAGGUUGAUGAAGUUGAGGAGAAUGAUAAUCAGACGGUGCAGAAUGGAAGAAAUCUGCCACUUCUUGACUUAAAUCUUGAACCUCCAGAAGAGGGUGAGAUGGUAACACUUGGAAUAGCAUGGAAAAGAACACAAUGAAGCCAACAUCCUUUCAUCAAAGGAUUCUGGUCCAACUCUGUAUUGACUAGUUUUUUUCUCACUGUUGUUGAUCCAAUAUAAAGCAAAUCCAAGUUGCAAUGUUAAUAGGAGUUGCUGUAACAAAAAUAAUACUCAUAUUUACAUACA